AUGCUGGUCAAACAGGUCUUGGUCUCAGCCCUGGUGGCCCCGCUGGCCCUGGGUGCCACCAACACCGACACCGUCUUCGCGGGCUUCGACAAUCUGCACAAACGCAUCAACUCCGCCCACAACUGCCUCAAGGACUUCAACGGCGGGGUCUCGCACACUCUCUACUGCGGCUUCGAGUUCUACCACCUCCUGACGAGCAGCAGCUCGGCGAGAAAAGACCUGGCCGAGUUGGAUUCCGUCCCUGCCGACCAGGUCCAGGAGUACCUCGACUACUAUCAUGACAUUCGGUCGUCGGUUUCUGAUACGCUGACCACGGGUAUCUCAAAGGUCAAUCAUGUCGACUCGGCCGGUCUGAAGAUGUUCGCGGGCGUCCUUUUGCGCAACUUUGCCAGCGAACGCGCGACGUUUGAGGUCUUGACCAAGCAGAAACUCCCGGCUGCAAAUCAUUCGGAAAUUGCUGGUCCGAUUGAGAGUCUGAAGGAUGAAUUUGAAAAGACGCUGACUGUCUUUGUUUGA